CUUCAGAGGCUGCCGAUCUCAACUCUUCAAUUCGACUCAGGCAAGUUUCGCCCUCCUUCUCUCUUUUUCUACCAACACUUCGACCUUCUUGAAAUUAAUGGCACUAGGUGGAGCAGCUCCCCAGAGAGGAAGUGCGGCAGCUACUGCCAGCAUGCGCAGGAGAAGGACAACAAGUUCCGGUACAUCUGGAGGGGCAGCUGGAACAAUGCUGCAGUUUUACACGGAUGAUGCUCCUGGGCUCAAGAUAUCCCCCAACGUUGUUCUCGUGAUGAGCAUUGGUUUCAUAGCGUUUGUUGCCAUUCUCCAUGUUAUGGGUAAGCUGUACUUUGUACGAAGAGAAGCCUAGUGAGUUUUAGCCCUGAUAAAGUGGGAUUUGUAUUUGAAGGUCAAUGUGAGAAGUUUAAUUUUGAUCUGAACUAUUGUCUGUCAUUACAGUAAAACUAAUUUCGGUUUUAUUACUAGUUAGAAUGAAAGAGUUAGUUCCGUUCCGGCCUAAAUCAGUUUCUCGGUACU